UCCGUUUUCGCAGCCCUCUUAUGACGACGUAAUAUAUGUACGUACUUAUUGAAUAAGUGAGAGGGCCAGACAGGAAUAUAUUAUAGCUCAAGGUACGAGGUCACGACGUACGGACCGAGGGCAGUGCAUUGUUUUCUCAUUUUCUUUUCUUUUUUUAGGUCAAGUCUGCCAUUAGAAUCCAUGUUCUUGGAAAAUGAAACAGAGCUGUUUGAGUGCGGGGCUGAACAGCUUUUUCGGACCGGUUCACGUCAAACCCAUCCAGCCCUACAUAAGGUUUGUGUGAAUUUGUUUUUUCUACUUUGGUGCCGUCACGCUCCGUGAAGAACUUUCGCCUUUCAUGAUUCAAACAUCAAUCUCCAAGUACGCAGACCACCACCUCGGGCACACAAACGUCGCCGAGGAGAAAUUAUAAUGAGGUCGAAUGAUAUUGUCUUCUUUAUCGCUCUUUUACGCUCCACAGUUUUGUUUGUGAGCGGAGCACUGGAAGUAAACGAAACCCGCCUUCACACGGACUUAUUCAAAGGAUACAACAAGCACGCACACCCUAGACCACCCGGGACAGGUCCAGUGGUGGUCACCUUUGAUUUCCAACUCAUUCGGAUCCUUGAUGUGAGUGCAAGAAGUCAGUAUAUCACCACGUAUGCUUGGGUGAACCAGUAUUGGGAGAACCACUUGCUAAAAUGGGAUCCAAAGGAUUAUGGAGGAGUGAAGGAAAUUCAUGUGUCUCCAAGCGACAUUUGGGUGCCCGACACACUAUUGUACAACAAUAUAGACGAUGAGGAGCGAAUGGGAGGGGGCAGAACGACAUAUACCACCAACAUAGAACUGCAUUACGAUGGCAAAAACACGUGGUUAAACCCGGCCAUGUUCAAGAGCAUCUGUAGCGUGGAUGUCACAAACUUUCCUUUCGACGAUCAAGAAUGUCAACUGAAAUUUGGCUCUUGGGCCUUCGACAAGUCCAAGAUAGAUUUGGCCGUAAAAAACGGCAGCACACUAAACACAUACUACAUCAAAAAUGGCGAGUGGAAAAUGCUAAACUUGUCCGCAAAGAGAAAUGCCCUCAAAUAUCAAUGCUGCCCGCACGAGUUUGUGGACAUAACAGUGAGUGCAAAAAUCCGACGAGAAUCAUUGGAUUACAUCCUAAAGUUGAUCAUUCCAUGCUCGAUGAUUUCUUCCAUGAUAUUUCUGGGUUUUGUUCUUCCGCCUGAGUCUGGUGAACGAAUCGGACUGAGUAUCACAGUUCUGUUGGCAAUGACCGUGUUUCAGCAACUUAGCUCCGAGUUCAUGCCUUCGUAUGGUUUUCCACUCCUGGGACAGUUUUAUUUCGCAAUUAUGCUGGAAAUCGGUCUCUCUCUGGCUGUUACUACGCUUAUUUUGAAUUUUUACCAUCGGAAUAGGCGACGAAUGCCAAAGACUAUGAGAAAAGUGAUUCUUCAAUGUCUAGCACGCGUGUUAUUUCCAUGUCAAAAACCAAAGAAUUGGAACGAAAUUCAUCGUAAAAGCGUACUUCGACGAAGACUCGCCAACCGCAAUGUUCUGGAUGCUGAGAGAGGGAUAAGCUGCAGUGACUCAGAGCUCUGCGAGGAGGAUGAAUACGUACAAGAAAAGAGCACGAGACCCGAUCCGAAUUUGACCACGUGGGUCGUACAGGAGUCUGGCACCACAUGCACGCUUUCUCCUGACGGCACUACGAACGGGGAUCACUCGUUUUGUAACCUCGCAGCAUCGCCACAUAAUACUCGCAGCAAAACUGUCGUGUUCUCAAAAGAGUGCUUUAAGAAUCUUAAAAGGAAAAACAGUUUUCGUUCUCGGGGCAAACAUCCCAGCCGGGCGGGAAAGAAACAUUCUUCAUCAGGGACAAGUGGCAGACAGCGUCAGGUCGACUCGCAGUACCUUUCAGGCAACGUUCUUGACUGGACCGAAGAGAAGCUUAAAAACCAAAAGGAGUGGAUUAAGGCCGCACGUGUGCUGGACAGGCUGUUUUUGAUCAUUUCAAUCUUCUCCUUCAUUGCCACGUUAUUGACAAUCUUCCUGCGGGCUCCAAGGUUCCGUCUUUCUCAAUAAGAAAGCAUCAAUGAGCCAUCCUUUUGAAAAUAAUUCGUUUCCAGCAAGAGAAACUUCGUCCCGCGUGGGGCAUGAAGCUUAGCUUCACCUAGACUCCACGUGUAGACAAAGGGAGUUAUAGUUUUAUAAAAUAUGUGACAGGUAGCUGAGCGUAGAGAUUGGCGUUUGUCUAUUUUAACUUGCUUGCUCGUAUCUUUCCCGGCCUUAAAAUUUGGACCGGUCCCUCAACUGAAAAUCUACCUCUCCAACCACUUCCACAACCACAUGAAACUGGAAAAUUAACAAAGCCUGGUGUGCCCUAACAUUUCUGCGCUAUAAUUCCUGCUUAACUAUCCUAUGGUGCGCUUCGCUCGUUACUGGAUGGCUGUCGUUUGCUAUAAUUCUCGUCCUGAAUCUAUAGAAAAGUUCAAGAUCGCCCGACAAUCAUUCGGGUGAAGUAAGACUCGUUUUUCUAACAUCCUAGUAGUCUUUUUCACAUGUAUAUCCCUACGUAUAAAUAAAUUAUUGUAUAGAGGAGCUGGUUUUCCCACGAGGCGUCCGUCGACUUUAUAACUUUUUGCACUGAAAUUAUAUUAGUGAAGGCGCCAAAAUGUUUAAUGAGAUAGUGAGCCUUAUCAAAAGUCCUUGCCGAAUCAAAAGAAAGAGAAAAGAGAGAAUACAAGACGGCAUGUCGCCUAACAGCUUCUGAAAGCCCUACUUUCACCGACUGCAAUGAAUAAAAUGAUAUUUUUAGAUGUAAAACUAUGUCCAAUUAGAAAUAACACACAAACUUCUACCAAAUAAACCUUCGCAAACUCUUGUUAGUGCUGUACUUAAUCCUCACGUGUAUACUACUUGUCUCUUUCUCCACAGAAUC